GUCUAUCUUGAGAGACUCAUCAGCGGCCUGGAUUUGCAUAUCGUUCACUGGUCUUGGCGAAGGCAACUCCUCUCGUGCAUCCUUCUCGCCUGCAAAGUUCUUGAUGACCAAGCCGUCUGGAAUGCCGACUACUGUCAUCUCCUGAAAGAUGUUCAUGUUGAGGAUCUGAAUGAACUCGAGCGCCACACUCUUAGCCUGAUACAGUUCAACACCAGCGUUCCGCCGUCCGUGUACGCCAAGUAUUACUUUGACCUCCUGACCAUUGGCGACCUCGUCUGCUUCACCGAGGUCCUCUGCCGGCAACAGAAAUUAACUGUCGAACUGGCGCGUCACUUCCUUCUCCUUCCUCGUUCCGCGACUGCGCGUGCUGAACAGUGUUCCACGGCGGGAGAAUCCGAUGGUGCGGGCAUUCUCUUUGAUCUGCCCUGUCCUUCACCCGACCUGCAUGGUAAAAAGCCUCGCAAACGAUCGUGCAGUGGACGAUUGACGGAAAGCAGGCUACCGGUCUCUACCGGUGCUGGUGUUGCCACUUACAAUUCCACCGGUUCAUUGUGUCGUGAAUCUGCUUCCACCACCCAACCACGGCACCUGCAGGACUACGAAAACCAAAACCACAAGGGAGCCCUCUUUAACGGCAGUGCCGUCACUGCCACCGACUGCGAUGUUCAUGCCGGCUGUUGGCCGGACGAUAAUAGCAGCCAACUGAGUGACUACGAAUCCUCGGAGUCGGAAUCUUCACUCUCCUUCCGGCCAUGGGGCGGAGUGACGCCCUCGCCGAACUUCCGAGACGCCAACUCAGGCAUCCCAGCCGCCUUCCUUCCUCCCGCAAGCGUCGCCACUUCAGUCGUAACAACAGCACCGGCUGCCUUCAACCUUUCAUCCUACACACGCUGUGCUGGCAUCUUUCCGCCCUCCAGCACCGACGCGGAUCCUUUUCACGUCUCAGCUAACUCGGUGCUUGGAGGUGGUGUCGCCUACUCAAUACUCCAGGACUCUGGGCUCUACUGA